GUCGCCGCACAAACGACACGAGCGAGAACCCUACCUUGAGAGACGCACCUCGCAUGCCUCACUCGCUCGCACGCUUGCUUAUCCCUCGCCGGCCGGACCUCACCCCUUACCCGCCGCCGGAAACUCGCCGGUUCCGUCGUUUCCUUUCCUGAUCUCGAUCUUUCUGGAUUCCUCCCUUCACCGUCAAUCAACACCGGACCUCCGCGCCGGUUGCCGGAAAGUUUGGUACCAGACGGAAUUCUGGAGAAUCCGGCGAGAAGAACACGGAUCUGCCGGAGAAUUAGUUAAUCGAACCAUGAUUACAGUCCGGAAGCCUGUGGAAUUCCUGAUGACAUGGCUUGUUUGGUUUGAAAUGGUGGCCAUUCACAAAUUUUGAUGGCAUUGGCAAUCAACAGAAUCAGUAGGAUAGUUUUUAAUUGAAUUGAACUAGUGAGGGCUCAGACUUGUGAAUAUGGCAACUGAUAUGCGGAGGCUUGUUGGAACGAGUGAGGAUGAUGAAGAAGAAAUGGGAAUGGAUGUUAAAGAUGAGGAUGAUGAUGAUGAUGAUUAUGAGGAAAAUGGAGGUGAUCAUGGAAAUGCGAUAAGGAUGGUAGAGAUUGAUGGUGGGAAUGUGAUAGGGACUGUCACUGGUGACAACAGGUUUGAACAGCAUCAGCAGUUUCAAGAGCAAGUUGGCACCCCAGGGGGAGGUACUCGAAGAUCAAGGCCAAUUGAAGAGAAAGAGAGAACAAAGCUAAGAGAGAGGCGUCGGAGGGCUAUCACUGCAAGGAUCUUGGCAGGACUUCGCAGGCAUGGCAACUACAAUCUUAGAGUUAGAGCUGACAUAAACGAUGUCAUUGCUGCUCUUGCAAGGGAAGCAGGAUGGGUGGUUCUUCCAGAUGGCACUACUUUUCCCUCUAGAUCUCAGGGUCAAAUGCCAGCUGGUGGUAAUUCUACAGUUGUCACUUCGUCUUCUUCCCAUGCACCUUCACAACAGACUCCAUCUGCUUCUGUCAGGGGAGUUGCUUCUGGCUAUAGGAGCACAUUAGAGUAUACUGCAUGUCAGAUGAAGGGUGUUUUUAUGCCAGCUCCAUCUCCUUAUGAUCUAUCCUCGAGUUCCCGGUCUCAAACAUCCAUGUUGGGGGAUGGAGAAGCACAAAGAGACAAUCAUCCUCUCGUUGUUGGUUCAAUGGAUAAUGUUGAUGAUAAACAGAUUGUUGACACAAUCCCCAGAUUAGCAGAGCGUGAUUUGGCUGGUACCCCAUAUGUUCCAGUUUACGUUAUGCUCCCUUUGGGGGUGAUCAAUAUUAAAUGUGAUCUUGUUGAUCCGGACGCUCUACUAAAGCAGCUGAGGGUGUUGAAAUCGGUAAAUGUUGAUGGUGUUAUGGUAGACUGUUGGUGGGGAAUAGUGGAGGCACAUGCUCCACAAGAGUAUAAUUGGAAUGGUUACAAGAGACUCUUUCAAAUGGUGCAUGAACUUAAGCUUAAGCUGCAGGUUGUGAUGUCUUUUCAUGAAUGUGGAGGCAAUUUUGGUGAUGAUGUUUGUAUUCCAUUACCUCAUUGGGUUGCAGAAAUUGGCAGGAGCAAUCCUGACAUUUUUUUUACUGAUAGAGAGGGAAGGCACAACCCUGAAUGUCUUUCUUGGGGAAUAGAUAAGGAACGGGUUUUAAGAGGUCGGACUGCUAUGGAGGUUUAUUUUGAUUUCAUGAGAAGUUUCCGGGUAGAGUUUGAUGAGUAUUUCGAGGAUGGCUUCAUCUCCAUGAUUGAAAUUGGACUAGGUCCUUGUGGAGAGCUAAGAUACCCAUCUUGUCCUGUAAAGCAUGGCUGGAGAUAUCCUGGUAUUGGUGAAUUCCAGUGCUAUGAUCAGUAUAUGUUGAAAAGUCUUAGGAAAGCAGCAGAAGCAAGGGGGCACGCUAUUUGGGCCAGAGGGCCAGAUAAUGUGGGUACCUAUAAUUCUAAGCCACAAGAAACAGGUUUCUUUUGUGAUGGAGGAGAUUAUGAUGGCUUCUAUGGCAGGUUUUUUCUUAGCUGGUACUCUCAGGUUUUAGUUGAUCAUGGAAACCGGGUACUUUCUUUGGCAAAAUUAGCUUUUGAAGGAUCCUGCAUUGCUGCAAAGCUCUCAGGUCUUUACUGGUGGUACAAGACAGCCAGCCAUGCUGCUGAACUAACUGCUGGGUAUUAUAAUCCAUGCAAUCGUGAUGGCUAUGCUGCAAUUAUGGCAAUGUUAAAGAGAAAUGGAGUCAGCUUAAACAUUGUUUGUGCUGACUUACAAACAUUGAACCAACAUGAGGUCUUUCCAGAGACAUUUGCAGAUCCUGAGGGAUUAUUGUGGCAAGUUCUGAACGCGGGUUGGGAUGUUGGCAUUCCAGUUGCUGGUGAGAAUGGACUUACUUGCCUAAACAGAGUUAGCUAUAACAAGGUUUUGGAUAAUGCCAAGCCCAUUAAUGAUCCAGAUGGAAGGCACUUUUCAUCCUUUACUUACCUGAGGCUUAGUCCACUUCUUAUGGAACGACAAAACUUCAUAGAAUUUGAACGAUUUGUCAAGAGAAUGCAUGGGGAAGCUGUUCUUGAUCUUCAGGUAUAGGAGGAGGAGAAGAGAAUCUGGUAGAAUUUGUAUUAUUUAUAAUUUCCCCCGACGAAAUGGUUGGGGGUGUCCUGUUACAGAUUACAAGAAUAGGAUUGUCAUUUGCUGCGGCACAUACUAGUUGCUAGUGAAUUAGUUGAGUAGGAUACUAUUUUUCUUUUUCUUGUGGGAAUCAAACAAGUGGCAUUAGAACCCGGAUGUACAAUUUGUCCAUACAUGUGCAACUCUCAGAUUCUGUAUUAGCCACACUACAGUGAUUGUACACUUUUUGUAUACUUCCUAAUUUACAUCAGUAUAGUCUUUUUGCAAUUAUGCAAGGAUAAGGCUGUGUACAACGAUUUUCU